UUAUUCCAGGACUGUGCGUUUAACAAACUGCAGUCUAAUUCAGCGCUCAGAGUCUCAUUCCAGGGAAGCAUGAGGGUCGCAGGUACUAGUUCUAAGUGUAAUCGCUGGUAUUUCAAGUUCAAUGGAAAUGAAUGCAGUGGACCAAUGACGAUUGAGGCUGUUGUUUUCAACUACUGGCCAUCUGGGAACCCUAAUCUGCUGCAUCAUCGGUCAUUUGAGGGGUACUGUGAAAACAUCCCACUAGGCGCUGUUAGAGUGGAAUUAUGGGUAGGGAAGUGUAGCAGCGAAACCCUGGGUAAUGCUAACACUGGGUGGAAUUCAGUAUCUCGGAUAAUGAUUGAAGAAGUAUCUAGGCCCCAGUCCUAA